GAUUUGUUGACGACAUAUACGAAUUUUGCCGCUUGCUCACAUUAAAGUAGUUCCCUCAAAAUGCUCGCAGAGUAGCGUCACUGCGUCAGUGAUAGUGAGUGUUCCCAAUUUUCCAUUCACCAUCAUUUCCCAACCCAUUUCAUUCCAUUCACCAAAUUCCCAAAAACCCUAACCCUAAAACCCCUUUCAAUAUGGACUUCAAUCACUACCUCUCCGAGCUUUCCACUUCCAUCCAAUCAAUUCCUUCCUCCGACGACUUCCGUUUCAACUACAACAUCCCCGAAUUCCGUCGCCUCAUCGACGAACUCACCAGAAAAUCCCAAUCAAUGUUGAACAAAAUCGGUUCCUCCGAUCACAUUUGGGGUCCAGGUUCAUCUUUCCCUGCUGACAUCGACGAUGCUUAUGAAUGGAUUGUUAAUGCAAACGACGACGUUUUGGAACUUGUUAAUGAGGUUGUGGAUGAGUUUCAUAAGGUUUUGAAGGAGCAAGAUAUGGAAGAAGGGGAAGAUGGGUUUUUUAAGAUUAAGAAGGGGAAGAAAGGGAUUGGUUAUUUUGGUGAUGAUGGGAAUGAAAUGAAACCGAAAGUUUCGUUUCAUGUUCAUACUCUUAGGAAGCCUCAGUAUCAUUAUAAUCUUGCUGUUGAUAAUUCGAAUCAGCCUUUUGAACAUGUCUGGUUGGAGAAAAGUGAAGAUGGUGAAAGGUUUAUACAUCCACUGGAGAAACUCUCUGUUUUAGAUUUUGUUGAUAAAGAUAUUGAGAAUCUUGUACCACUGAAGCCUCCCCCAAUGGAAUGCACACCUUUCAAGCUUGUGGAAGAAGUCAAUGGAUUGAAGGAGUUGGCUGCUAAGCUGAGUUCCGUUAAUGAAUUUGCGGUGGAUUUGGAACAUAAUCAAUAUCGGUCUUUUCAAGGUUUGACUUGCUUGAUACAAAUAUCAACCCGGACUGAAGAUUUUAUUGUCGAUACUCUGAAGCUCCGUGAUCAUGUUGGGACACACCUGAGGGAAGUUUUCAAGGACCCUACCAAGAAAAAGGUCUUGCAUGGAGCAGAUCGAGACAUUGUGUGGCUACAACGGGAUUUUGGCAUUUAUGUCUGUAAUAUGUUUGACACUGGGCAGGCUUCAAGGGUGUUAAAAAUGGAGAGAUAUAGUUUGCAACAUCUUUUACAACACUUUUGUGGGGUUACAGCAAACAAAGAGUACCAGAAUGCAGACUGGAGAGCGCGCCCUCUUCCUGAUGUGAUGAUAAAAUAUGGAAGAGAAGAUACCCACUAUCUGCUUUAUAUAUAUGAUUUAAUGAGAAUCAAGCUAUUUGAACUGUCUAAGGAGUCUGAAAGUCCCGAUGAUCCUCUGUUGGACGUUUACAAGCGAAGUUAUAAUGUUUGCAUGCAGCUGUACGAGAAAGAGCUUUUGACUGACAACUCCUACCUUAAUUUAAAGGGGUUGCGAAGGGCUGGUUUUAAUGGUCAGCAGCUUGCCGUUGUUUCAGGGCUUUAUGAAUGGCGUGAUGUUCUUGCUCGGGCAGAGGAUGAGAGUACUGGGUAUAUAUUGCCAAAUAAAGUUAUUCUUGAAAUUGCUAAGCAUAUGCCCGUCACUGCAAGCAAUCUACGGCGAUUGAUAGCGGAGAGGUCAAGGCUCCCAUAUGUUGAGCGCAAUCAUGAUAUUGUUGUUAACAUUGUCAGACAUUCUAUGCAAAAUGCUGAAGCCUUUGAAGAAGCCGCACUUCGUUUGAAAGAAGAACAGGCUGCCUUUGAAGAAGCUGCACUUCGUUUGAAAGAAGAACAGGCAGCGAGUGUGUCAAAUGUAGCAUCUGUUAAGGAUGGAACUGAAGCUCCCCAAUCUCAUUCCUCAAACUCAAAGGAUGAAUGUGCAGCAAAUGGAAGCAUUGGAAUUGAAAAUGGCACUAUUGCCUCUACAUUGAAGGAAAAUGGAGCAAAUACUGGUGCUUGCGAAGCAACGCUGCUUGGCAAUUCAGUUUCAGAAGAGAAUGGUUUUCCUGACAAAAAGGGCAAGAAAGACAUCAAGGUAGAACAGAUUGGAUCAUCAGUCAAUCUUCCAUGCCAUUCAAUUUUGGGCAACAAUGCGAAGUGUACCAUAACAGUAGACUUGGAUUCUGACUCCGACGAUAUGAUGUAGAGUAACUGCAACAAUCUCCUUAGGGAAAUUUAUUUUUUGUCCACUUCAGUAAAAGGAAAAUGAAGUUGAACAC